AUGUGGUUGUUCCUUGUUCUAGGAUGUGCUUUGUGGUUGACAUCCAUGGUUUUGGCAUCCGUCCUAGCAACGGAGGUUUUUCGUUUGCUCACAGAGUUGGCAAAACAAAAGAAAGAAGAACAAGAGCAAUUACCAGUAUUGCUGGCUGAUUUGGAUACACUAGGACAGGAUACAGUUUACCGACAAACCAUAACGGGAACAACAGAGGAUUUCACAAAAGAAACGCAAGCAGAUAAGAACAAGAAAAAAAGGUUUUAUCGUUUCUGUAUUUGCAGCUUUCAGAUGGGAAUAAGUGAGGUGUUCCGUACUGAUGCGAAAUGCUGA